CCCCAAGGCCCCCAAGCUAUUCUCGGUCAUAAAGAGAGAGCGCAACGACCACACCCUUCGCAUCCUCCACACCCUCGCUUGCACAAACACGCAAGACGCACAUGCUCAGAUCGUUCUUGUCGUCCAGAUCGACGAGACAAUUCAGUACAACCGCAACUUCUACUGCCAACUCGCAAUUGCGAAUCGCACGAACCACCACCCCGCUCAAGUUCAACUCGAUCGUCACUCGACCUUCAGUCCGAGCACUCCAGUCGAACAAGCUAGCUCUAGCUACAUCAGCUCGACUCGUCCAACAACAACAACAGCAAUACCGUAACCGUUGUACCUGUUCUCACCACAACGCAGCUUCUCUCACCAUGGACGGAGUCGACAAUCACACCGGCGUCAUCACCGGCGGCCCUAACUCGCUGCCUCCCAACACCCAGAGGGACGCCUACCGACUCCCCACCGAGGUCGUUCCUACGCACUACGACCUGCUCUUCAAGACCGACCUCGAGGGGUUGACCUUCGAAGGAGAAGCGUCGAUCGACCUGCAAGUGAACGGAAAGACCAACUCGGUGCAGUUCAACUUGAACCCUUCUGUCCAGCUCACUAGCAUCUCCCUGGAGAUCGAGGGACAGGAUGCGAUCGAGUAUUCCCCGCCUAAAGCUGUCAGGCAUGAAGAGACCGAAGAAACCCCUGCGGAGGCUAACAGGGAGUCGGAACCUACCGGGGUCGAGGUCGACCUGGAGUCGGUCAAGGCUGGGGAGAUCAAGGUCGACAAGGCCCAAGAGAGGUUCUCUCUCGGGGUCCCCGAGGGCGUGCUCAAGGCCGGUGGGAAAGUCCGAGUCAAGGCCGCUUGGAAGGACGUACUCGGAGGGUCCAUGAUGGGUUAUUACCGAUCUUCCUUCCCCCACCCUGACGACAAGGACGGCAAAAAGGUCAAGGAUACUUAUUACGCCUUGACGCAGUUCGAGCCUACGGCGGCUAGGCGGGCUUACCCGGCUUGGGACGAGCCUGCGUUGAAGGCGACCUACUCGAUCGGGUUGGUCGGAAGGAAGGGGCUCGUCAGUCUGGGCAACAUGCCCGUGGAAAAGGAAGCCGCUUGGAACGGAUCCAUCGAGUUCGGCUCGGGUGUCACUCUGGGUCAGGGGCUUUCCAAGUCGGAAGGAGAAUGGACGGUGACCAAGUUCGAAGAGACGCCCCUCGUCUCUUCUUACCUCGUCGCGUUCGCACACGGACCCUUCGCUUCGUUGUCCUCCGAAUACACCUCCCCGCUUACGGGCAAGACCAUCCCCCUCAAGAUCUACGCCACGCCAGACCUAAUCGGCCAAGCCCAAUUCGCGCUGGACGUCAAACGCCUAGCCCUCCCCGUCUACGAAGAGAUCUUCGACGUCCCCUACCCCUUGCCUAAAUUGGACACGCUGGUCGCUCACGAUUUCGACGCGGGAGCGAUGGAGAAUUGGGGGUUGAUCACGGGGAGGACGACGGCUUACCUGUUUGAUGAGAAGAAGAGCAGUUUGGCGGCCAAGAAGAGGAUCAUCGAUGUGCAGAGUCACGAGUGUGCGCACAUGUGGUUUGGGAACAUCGUCUCACCGAAAUGGUGGGACGUGCUCUGGUUGAACGAGGCGUUUGCGACUUUGCAGGGAGAGGUCAUCAUCCCCGAUAGAAUCUUCCCCGAAUUCAAGGUCCGAAGGGAGUUCUUGACGACCCACUUGAUGGCCGCCCUCUCGCUCGACGCGGUCCGAUCGUCCCACCCGAUCGAGGUCCCUUGCCCCGAUGCCAACCAGAUCAACCAGAUCUUCGAUUCGAUCUCGUACUCCAAGGGAGCUUCGGUCCUGCGAAUGCUCGCCGCCGUCGUCGGGGAAGACAAGUUCCUCAAGGGCGUCUCCAUCUACCUGAAGAAGCACUUGUACGGGAACGCCUCGACCAAGGACCUCUGGGCCGGGAUCUCGGAGGCUUCCGGGGUGGACGUCACGAGGAUUAUGAACGAGUGGGUGCUCAACGUCGGGUUCCCCGUGAUCAGCGUCGAAGAGGUCGACGGUGGCAAGAGCAUCAAGGUCACCCAGGACAGGUUCUUGAACACGGGCGACGUCAAGCCCGAGGAGAACAAGACCCUGUGGUACGUCCCGCUCGAGCUCAAGACGGCCGUCGACGGCAACGUCUCGGUCGACCACCAGGCCAUCCUCAGCGAGCGCACAAAGACUUUCGACCUCAAGGGAGCUUCGGCUUUCAAGUUGAACGCCGAGACCGUCGGUGUCUACCGAGUGUCAUACUCGCCCGAACGUCUGGCCAAGCUCGGAGAGGAGGCCGCCAAGCCGGACAGCAUCUUUUCGGUCGAGGACAGGAUCGGACUCGUGUCGGACGCGACCACCCUCGCCCGAGCCGGAUCCGGCAAGACCUCUGGCUCGCUCAACCUCGUCUCCAAGCUCGGGGGCGAGACCGAGUACGCCGUCCUGGACGUCAUCGCCAUGGGUCUCGGCAAGCUCAAGUCGGUCUGGUGGGAACAACCCGAAGAGGUCCGAAAGGCCAUCGACAAGUUUAGGGUCAAGCUGUUCAAGCCGAUCGUGGACAGGAUGGGCUUCGAGUUUGGCGAGAACGACGACCCGGAUACCAGGCAGUUGAGGACCUUGGCCGUCUCGGUCGCCGCCGGAUCGGAGGAUGCCGAGACGAUCGCCGAGAUUCAGAGGCGAUUCAAGCCCUUCCUCGAGAACGGCGACGACUCGCUCAUCCCUCCUGAUCUCCAGCGAUGCAUCUACACCAUCGCCGUCCGACACGGUGGUGAAGCCGAAUGGAAGAAGAUCCGAUCGGUCUACGACGCCCCUCCUACGGCCUCUGCCAAGAUCGACGCCCUCAUGUCCCUCGGAGCCACCCAAUCGGACGAGCUGAUCAAAAAGACCUUUACCAUGUUGCACGACGGGAGCAUCAAGGACCAGGACGUCAUGUACGGGUUCGUCAGCUUGAGCUCGAACCGCAAGGCCACGAGGGAUGUGGCCAAGUACUUCAAGGACAACUACAAGGCGAUGAUGAAGCGAUUCGGUGACAACUUUGCCAUGAACCGUCUGGUCACCUACGCUUUCAACAGCUUGACUACUGAAAAGGACUUGAAGGAAGUCGACGAGUUCUUCAAGGACAAGGACAACUCGAAGUACAAGUUGUCGUUGGCCCAGGUUAGGGACACGAUCAUGGCCCAGUCUCACUGGUUGACCCGGGACAAGGCCGACGUCGAGCAGUGGUUGAAGGACAACAAGUACCUUUGAGCAUCGAUUCGCGGGAUUUUAGGGAGAGAAAGUACAGAUCAAUCGAAAGUCAUGGAACAACAGAAGUAGACAGAUAUGAACAAUUGAACAUCGUUGAUGAAAUAGCAUUUGAGCCGGUAUUAUCAGAGAGGCGUGAUUUGCACGAUAUGAUGGGAGAAGGGUAGAUAGAUGUUCGAGAGGCUGAGGACUUGUGAUUUUGUGCACCGCGGAUGUUUCCAGGCAUAAAUUGCCUCUUUGGGAAGGGAUGGCUGGG